AUGACGACCCCAUCGAUUCCCAAAACGCAAACAGCUGCUAUUGUGCAUAAGCAAGGCGGACCUGUCGAGUUCGACCAUGAAUAUCCUGUGCAAGAGCCAGGACAAGACGAGAUACUCGUCAAGGUGCUCUACACAGGGGUCUGUCAAAGUGACCUUCAUACGAAAGCAGGAACAGCCACUGGCCCCGAUGGAGAACCCAUCACCAACAUUAAACUUCCACACGUAGGCGGACACGAAGGAGUCGGACGCGUCGUUGCCUUCGGCCCAGGUGUCGUCGAGCGCGAGGAUCUGAAACUCGACACACUGGUUGGGAUUCGAUUCGCAUCCCGAGUCUGCCAUGAGUGUGAGUACUGCAAGUCAGGGAGAGAACAGCACUGCGGCAAUGCGACGAAUCACCUGCAUCACGAAGACGGAAGUUUCCAAGAGUACUGUGUCCUGGACACAAAAUACCUGACGACCUUGCCACAAGACAUUGAUCCUAUAGUUAUCGGUCCCACUCUCUGUGCUGGCGUCACUGCGUAUAAGGCCGUGGGCAAUGCGAAUCUGAAACAAGGAGAAUGGCUCGCUGUCAUUGGUGCGGGUGGAGGCUUGGGCCAUUUUGCAGUGCAAUAUGGCCUGGCGCUCGGGGCUCAGGUUCUCGGGAUCGAUGCAGGUGCUGAGAAGCAGAAAUUCGUGGAAUCUCUGGGGGCCAGGUUCUUGGAUUUCACGAAAUGCAAGGACCUCGCAGACGAGGUGCGUCGCAUAACAGGUGGGGCACAUGCCGUUGUCAUCACUAGUGGUCACCCUCGUGCAUUUGACAAUGUUGGAGGCAUGGUGAGAACUGGUGGUUCCCUGUGUAUGGUUGGUAUCCCACCUGGAGAUGUGAAGCUUGAUAUAUCUGUGGCAACAAUCAUUAUCAGAGGACUGAAAAUUCAAGGGAAUCUAGUAGGCUCAUUGAAAGAGACGCUAGAAGCUGUGGAGUUGGUGCGCAAUGGCAAGGUUAAACCACAUGUCCAGGUUCGUCCAUUUUCGGAGCUGCCACAGGUGUAUGAAAUGUUGGAAAAGGGCGAUGUUCCAGGCCGCAUCGUGUUGAAGCUAUAA